AAAGCCGACAAAAUUGGAAGAGGAACGACAAAAAGGAUUACCAUGGUUGCCGUUACUGAGUUUCAGAAGGUAGGAAUUGGUCUGGUGGGAUUUGGUUUAUUUUUUCUGCUCUUUGGUGUGUUGCUGUACUUUGAUUCUGUCUUGCUGGCCUUUGGGAAUAUUUUGUUUUUGACAGGUUUAACAUUCAUCAUUGGCUUCAGGAGGACAUCUCACUUCUUUUUCCAAAGACAUAAGUUCCGAGGCUCGUUCUUCUUCCUGGGAGGUGUGUCCCUGGUGCUGUGCCGGUGGCCAGUUAUUGGUAUGCUGCUGGAGGGUUACGGCUUCAUCCUUUUAUUCAGGUCUUUCUUUCCAAUGGCCCUGGGAUUUGUGCUGUCAGUGGUAAACAUCCCUUUCCUCAAUGCUUUUUUGCAGAGUGGCUCCAGCAUGGUCUGA